AGUCCUUUGGGGGAUUUGUUCUGCAAAGGUGGGGCCAGAGUGGGGAGUGCUAUCACAGCGCUUCAGGCACCAGCUGCACCAGACCCACUGAGGAAGAGGCCAUUGCUUAUUCCUGUGCUACAGGCUUCCUGGGGGUGCCUCCCACUGCCUCUGCCCUGAGGCUGCCCUUGGGGAGCUGAACUGGAAGGCCUGCCAAUCAAGCCAGAGUCUGAACUGCUCCUGCUGGUGUCCCUGAAGCAUGGGAGGCUGCUGAGUGUGACCGGUGGUGUCCGGCAGGAGCUGCGUGUCUCACCCUGUGGCAGGAGGGCGUCCAUGGCUGCAGCCAACAAGGGCAACAAGUCCAGAGUCCGGAGUAUCCGCUUUGCAACAAGCCAUGAUGCAGAAAGCUCCCAGAGUCAUGUCCACUUUGAUGAGAAGCUGCAUGACUCUGUGGUCAUGGUCACCCAGGAGAGCGACAGCAGCUUUCUGGUCAAGGUUGGAUUCCUGAAGAUCCUGCACAGGUAUGAGAUCACCUUCACCCUACCCCCAGUGCACAGGCUGAGCAAGGACGUCCGAGACGCGCCUGUCCCCAGCCUGCACCUCAAGCUCCUCAGCAUCAUGCCCAUCCCAGAAGGUUACAGCGUCAAGUGUGAGUACUCCGCGCACAAGGAGGGCGUCCUCAAGGAGGAGAUGCUGCUAGCCUGUGAAGGUGGCACCAAUACCUGCGUGCGCGUGAUGGUGCAGGCGCGCGUCAUGGACCGACACCACGGCACACCCAUGCUGCUAGAUGGUGUCAAGUGCGUGGGUGCUGAGCUAGAAUACGACUCAGAGCACAGUGACUGGCACGGCUUCGACUGAGGCCCUCGGCCCCACCUGCCUCAGGGCCCCUCAGCCUUAAACCCAACCUCAUCUCCCCAAAUGCUGCGUGACGGUGUGGCUUCCUCACCCUUCCCCAGGGUGGGUGUGGAGGUGGAGGGUCCAAGGGCCUCUCAUCUCAUUUGUGCCACCUCCCUUUCUCUCCAACAUCUUCUCCCACUUUCUCCUGUGUGCCUCAGCCUCCUGCUGGAAGAAAUGGAUUGAGCCCCCAAGGAGGCUAUCUGAGGAGGGCCUGGGGUGGGUCAUACCCACCCCUACCCCGAGCCAUAAGGGCUCUAGUCUGAGCCUAGGAGAGGAGGGAGCUGGCUCUGUGGUAGAGCUGUCCCUAUUACUACUGCUGCUGUCUCGCUUUAGCCACCUCUCCUGUCUACUCCCUUUUUUCCACUGCUGUCCAUGGUGAGGAGGAGGGAGAUGCAGUCCCCAAUCCCUGCCCCCUAGGUCUGUGUUGUUUUUAAAUGACUGGUUGGGAUAAAAUCCUGAAGAAAUAAAACUUCCAGUGGAUACCAGA